ACUAAUAAACCAUUUCUCUGUUCAUUCACUUUCUAUAGAUCCAUGUUGGAACGCAGAGGUAAUUUUCAACAGGGCUCUUUUGUAUAAUUUAAGAUUUUGAUAUUUGGGGUACAUUAUAAAAUAAAUGGUUAAACCUAAAACACUCUUAUAGAUGGCUGAACUAUGAUCCAAAUAUUCAUUGUUCCAAUUAACACCAACAUUAAUACUUUCAUAAAUAACCUUUUUGAUUUCUCUCUCUUGUCUAAGUGGCACACAAGAUGAAAUACUUCACAGUUGAGACUGGCAGUACUUUUAGUUCUCAUAUUCAGUUUAUGAGCCAACUCAACACACCAAGAUGUUUUACGGAAGUCAAGUCUCCAGUGGAGAGUGAUGUCAUCAUGGCUUUCUGUCCCAUCGUCUCCUGUCUUGGGACUGAUAUUGAAGCAGCACUGCAACAGAUUCCAAGUACAGUAACUCAUCCCAAAUAUAACUUCCCAAGCAAUGUUAUUUCCUUCUGUACCAGAUAUUCUCUUUCCACACCAGAUUUACUCAAAAUGUACCAACGACAUGAAUUACAUUACUAAAUUGUUUAUUUGAGAUGCUUAUUGGUUUAUUUUGACGUAUUCCCUCAUUCUCUUGACAGCUGGUAAAUAUGUCAUUCUGGUAGUGCUGCAUCACACCUUCAGCCCAGACUUCACUGUACCUGACAGCAGCAGACUAGUGACCAGAAGUGAUGUAAAACUCACAGUGGACUGUCUGUUCCAUGAGAGCCAGGGAGGACUACUGGACUGUCCUCGUAAUGAUGCAGCAGUCAGGACUAUUCUGAAGAGGCUGAACAUACAGCCAAAGGUAGCUAACCCUAAUUCAAGGUUCAGGGAGGGCCACUCUCUUUAAAUAGCUCAAAAUGCAAAACCAUAUAGUUAACCAAAGUAUUUUAUUACACAGGGUCUGAUAGUGUAAGAGAAAAUAAAUAGUUGUAGUAUGAAUCAAAUAUUAGUAUUUGUAAUGAGUGUUUUCUAUAGAUUGGAGCUGAAGAAUGGAUCAGUUUAGACUGUGUUACUGAACUCUGUAGCUGUCACACAGAUUGUAAUUGGGGUUUUGUAUCAAUGAAUCAUCAUUGUGAGUACAGCAUCUCUCUGUAUUUGAUGUACUGGAUACUUCUUCAUCUCUUUUUACAGACCGGACAUCCUGGCAUUCUAGCUGUGACUCAGAGCAUUAUAAUGGUUUGUCAAAUCAAUGAUAAAACUAGACAUCGUCAAUCAUGUGCCUCUUCGGGGCGACACUUUAAAAGGAAGAAAAAUAGAAGUCAAAUUUAUGGAUGGUGUCUGUCAUAAUCGAGCUGUUAAACAAAAGUCAGUACUGCUGUGGAUCUCACAAGUCAUUAUUCUCUUUGCAGUGGCCAGUGUCUUCAGUCUACAACUACUUUUUCAAUCACAGUAGGUUCUAUUGUGUUCAUUAAUGUGGUCAAUGUAAUACAGUAAUCAUCACAGGUCAUAUCACUAACCUUUUCUGUUUCCUAAUCUUUUCAAGAUCCACGUACCUCUACAAGACCCCGUUAUGGCAGUGUUUCUGUGAUUCUGAGCUAUAUAAUGGUUUGUCAAAUCAUUGCAAAUGAUAAAACUAUACAUCAUCAAUCAUGUGCCUCUUCGGUGUGACACUUUAAAAAUAGAAGUCAAAUUUAACGAUGGUGUCUGUCAUAAUCGAGCUGUUAAACAAAAGUCAGUACUGCUGUGGAUCUCACAAGUCAUUAUUCUCUUUGCAGUGGCUAGUGUCUUUAGUCUUCAUCUGUGGAGUGCUUUCAUAUGUGAAGCGGCGCUUCUCGGACAAUAAUUAGGUUCAAAGUAGGUAGUAGGUUGUCAUUCAUGUGGUCAUUGUAAUUAGAGUAAUCAUCACAGGUCAAAUCAGGACCACUAACAUCUUGUGUUUCAUGUUUCCUAAUCUUUUCAAGAUCCAUGUCCCUCUUCAACACCUCGUUCCAGAAGUGAUGAAAGCAGUUCCACUUUUGUACCAACAAUGAAGACAUGAGAAUUGUUUUUAGGGAUUACAUCUAUCAUUUCACGGCCUACUAAAUAAGAAAAUGUAUUUACUUUGGAUGUGAAGAGAAUUUGCGGUUGUAAUGUAUAGUAAUUGGGGCCGAUAUAAAAAAUGUGAUUAAAAAUAAUGGAAAAUAAUAAAGAAGAAACAGGAUCUGUGGAAGGGGACACAUCUCAACAUCACUGGUAGUUUAUACAUGCAUCCCACUUCUGACACCAGUGUA